AUGUGUUCGACUCGCAUUGGUGGUGUAAGUGUCCUCCCCGUCAUCGGAGAUCAGGACACACUGACUCGAUCUACUUCAGAUGCUGGCAUGACCGUACUGAAGGAAGGGGUUCUGGACAAGGAGUCACAUGGUGUGAUCUACACGUGGAGAUCGCGAUUCUGCGUCCUCACCAACGAUACCCUGACCAUCUUCCGCGCCGAUCCACGGCGGGACGCUAGCCGUGGAAGGGUCACCACGGAACGCUCCGAGAAAAGGAACACCAUGUACAGACUACCACUGGAUGAAAUCUCAUCCAUGUCAAAUAUCGACAAGGGACGGAAACAUAUUCACUUCACUAUUUGCACUAAGCAGGGAGUGUUCGACCUAAGGGCUAGUUUUGGGCAGAGGGAUUGGCUGACGCAGAUUCAACUGGCUGUGGCUGAGAGGAAGAGUCGGCAUGACUUCAUGAAAGAGCUGAAGACUAGGACAUCGGUGGUUGCUAAUAAAUACCGUAAACACAACCAUAGAAGGCUGUCUUUCACUAAGGAUCCAGAUUAUGGUGACGGAAUUGGAAUCACAAUCCGUAACGAGGCAGAAUCCAUUGUGAUAGCCAGGGUGUUUUCUGACGGACCAGCUUCUAAGAAAGGAACACUUAGACCAGGAGAUGAGAUUAUCGAAGUAGACGGUAAAACCGUCCGUGGAUACAACGCCGAGCGGGUUGCAAGUAUGAUCAAAGAACUAGCAGAUCAAGUUAAACUGACUGUCAAGCCAACGUGGUUCGAUAGGGGGACUAAUACUUCAGCUGCCGAUUUUGCUCUUUCCAGACCGCUGUGCACAAGGCCCAAUAAUCUACGAGGGCGAGCACGCCCUCAUUCGCUUGCAGAUGUCGCCGUGUCCACCGAUCCGGAAAUGCAGGGCGCCGCCACCGUUGUCAAUGACGUCACAGCUUCCAUGGACAGAAAGAAGUAUCGUCGGAUCCCAGCAGCGAAUAAUAGGAAUAGACAGACUUCGGCAGACAACAGGUUAUCGCUUCCCUGAAGUCCAGGUACUCGUCACUUGUCACAAGUGCCUUUAAACUAAACCAUUCACACGCAAUAUGUUAGUUGCACUUCGUGUAUAAGCUAGAACUUAUUGGACCCAGCAGCCGAUUUCACGAAACGUCAAUAUUAACCUAUCUCGAGGUAGGACGAGUAACUCGUCAUAACUUAGGGUGGCUUCAAUGCGCCCUAACGUCUUCAGAUACGGAACUUUGCUCGUCCUAAGUCCGAAGAUUAAAGGCACGGGCACCUUUGGUAAUUGUCAAAGACCAGUAUUCUCAUAAAAUACGAAGUUAACAAAAC